AUGGUGAACACUACGAAGCCGAUUCCCGCUGCCCAGGUGCACACCAAAGCUCUCAAGGAAUUUGUGAGAAGAGGGGGCGGAGUAAUGCAGAACAGAUGGAUGCCGACUGAGGAGAUAGUGAAAUACAUACCAAAACGGUGCACUAUUGCAUAUUCCCAAACAAAGCUAUCCAGAGCAUUGAAUACAUCAUUCAACUUCUAUGCCGACAUUUCCCAAAACUCAUUGGAUGGCAUACAUGCUGAAGUAAUGAAAAGGGCCGUCGUCGCUGCCCAUGGUUCAGGAGCUGGGCGAAAAACUAAAACUUUCUAUUUAUUUCUAGACCGAAAGCCAGUACGAGAAUGGGAUAUUCCAACUGACUCCAGAGUUUGUCAGGAAGCAUGGGAUGCGUACGAGAAGACUCUUUUGAGAAAGACCAAUUGUCCCCCACAGAAGAAGCAGGCGGAAGGACUCCGAGCAGAACAACCGGAAGAAGACCAGAACUCCACUGAGCAAGGCAAUUAUAUUUUAACUUCACUACAACAUGGAGAAAAAGAGAUUUUCAAGGCUGACUACAGUGAUAUUGGGACCAUCAGCAAUGGAUGUGAUGCUGCGGCCGCUCGUGAGGGAAUGGUACCAACCACGCCACCAAAACAAAAACCGACUCGUCGUAUUCAAAUGAAUUCUGACCCCACGAUCAGGCCGCUUCCACCACCUCCAUACAGGAUUACUCCUAUGUCCAUUGCUUAUUCCACUCUAACCUUGCUACCAGCCAAUUGUUACCCGGUGCCUCCACCAGGAAGGCCUACAGUUUCGCCAAUUCCGUCCUUUCCAAAUUAUGGAAAUACUCACAUGUCCUCUCUGGCUCAAUCAAAUCGCACCUGCUGGCCAGCCAGUUGCUACCCGUUGCCUCCGCCAGAGAGACUAUCACCGCCAGUAACAGCACAAAAUAAAUUUGACGAAAUGCAGCGCCUUUACUACGAAAAGUAUGGAACCACAUUGCUUGACAAGGAUUACAAACAGGAAAACUUUGUCGAGGACCUGCUGAAAGAAAAGGUAAGCUGCUGCUUGACUGCAAUGCUGUAG